UCCUUCUGCUAACGCCACGAUGAUGUGCGGGGCGCCCUCCGCCGCGCAGCCGGCCACCGCCGAGACCCAGAACAUCGCCGACCAGGUGAAGUCCCAGCUUGAAGAAAAAGAAAACAAGAAGUUCCCCGUGUUCGAGGCUGUGUCCUUCAGGAGCCAGGUGGUUGCGGGGACGAACUACUUCAUCAAGGUGCAUGUCGGUGACGAGGAAUUUGUCCACUUGCGAGUAUUCCAAAGUCUCCCUCACGAAAACAAGCCCUUGACCUUGUCUAACUACCAGACCAACAAAGCCAAGCACGAUGAGCUGUCCUAUUUCUGACCCUGACUUUGGGCAGGUCCUUCCACCAGAAGGCUGGUGAUUAGCGAUUCUGCGUGGACCAGAGCGUGCACCUGG